UCUAAGUCCAAGUUGAACAACAAAUUACGCAAGUAACUGCAAACAAUCAAGUCUUUCCACAAUUAAACAAUUCAUAUUUCAUAGGAACAGAAUAAAUUUGUUUGCGACAUGAUCUCAUAAAGUACUGAGAUAUCAUGUCAGUAGUUAUCAUGAUGAAAAUUGCGGAUUUCAGGGAAAGCAUAAUCCUCAGCAAUCGAUUCUAGUUCUGUUAUCAAUCAGGAGAUUACCGAAUAAAUGAACAUUAUAUGUUGUUUUGGUCAAAUUAAAUCUAAAACUACAAAUCGUAAAAUCUUUGCAAAACAAUUGCUUUGAUUGGCUUUUACCGAAUUCCAAAUUCAAGGUUAUCCAACGCAUAAUUCUUCUUCUUUUUCUUCUCAAUGUUUCAUGUAAGUGCUUAUGCACGUAGUUAUUCUGACGUUUAAAAUAUAUUAAAUAAACUACACUCCACAAAACAGAUUUAUUCUCCAGAUUAGUACUUGUUCGAGAUCACUAGUGAAAUAAACUCACAAGAGUAAAUUCACUGAGAAUGACAAUGAAAUACCAAUCUUUGCGUAUUUUAGGGAAAAAUAAAACUUACAGUAGAUUAAUGAACAUUGUAUUAUGCUGUAAUACAAAGUUGCUGACAACCAGAAUACUCUGUAUCCUGAUAUCGACAGUAGUAAUCGCAUUAUUAUCAUCAAUUUUAAUGAUAAAUGUGAAUUUUCUUCUUCAUAAGAGUAAUUUUCACUUCAUGUUAAGAGGAUAUGAUGAUGAGAAUCAACUGAUAUGUGAAUAUUUAUUUCAAAAAAGUUUGAGUUGGAUAGAAUAUAUUUCAGUGAGAAAUAUUCAAUUGACAAAUGGUGAUGGUGUUGUGAAUUUCACAGAUCCUCGUUCAUGUCAUCAGUUCAAAUUGUUUCAACGUCAAGCAGUACAUGUAUCCUCAGAGGAAGAACACUUCCCUCUAGCAUUUAGUUUGACUGUACAUGAAAACAUUCGACCAGUAUCUCGCCUUCUUCGCUUGAUAUAUAGGCCACACAAUUUGUAUUGCAUCCACGUGGAUUCAAAAUCUCCACAAGCAUUUUACAAUGGUGUAUUGCAACUGGCCAAGUGUUUUGGUUCGAACGUUAUGGUGGUGAAUCGAUCAGAAAGUGUUAAUGUUCAGUGGGGUCAUUAUUCUCUACUUGAAGCGUUCCUCCUCUGUGCUGAGAAGUUAAUUAGGAAUAGACAGGUGAUUUGGAAAUAUAUUCUGAAUGUGAGUGGUCAGGAACUGCCAUUACGAACUAACUGGGAGUUGGUAGCAGCAUUGAAAGCGAUGAAUGGAUCAAAUGUGGUUGAGAACUUAGGCUCAAAAUAUAAUCCGGAAAGAUGGCCCAAGAGGAAUUUUUCAUUUCCUAUAUAUUGGAGCAAGGGUAGCUUCUAUGUGGCAUUGAGCCGGGAUUUUGUCAAUUUCUAUCAGACUGAUCCAAAGGCUGGUGAAAUACUGGAUGCAAUGAAAUCAGAAAAACAUUUAAUGAAACAUCCGGACGAGUUAUUCUUUUCGACAUUGGUUUCAAACCCAUCUCUUGGAGCUCCUGGUGCUUGUGAUAAAAUUUAUCUUACUAGUAAUUCAGAUGCACGAGCAAUGUAUAUAGGACGUUACGUGACAUGGGCUUAUGAAGGUUGUAGACGUGGAAAAAGUCGUCAUGGCGUUUGUCUUAUUGGUACAUACUAUCUCCCAUUUAUACCAUCACGCAUGGAAUUUUUCGCCAACAAAUUUUCUGAGGACUUUCAACCUAUUGCCUAUGAUUGCACUGAAUAUUAUAUCAUGAAAAAGGUUUUAAGAGAAAUGAGAUCGAAUCAGUUGGAUGCAAGUUUUAACGUUACAUUUUACUCACAGCUAUACUGUUCACAAUAUCAUGUAAAUUGAUGAGAAAGGAACCUAAUUGUCUUUGUGACUGUCUAUGGGGAUAUGUGCAGUAGUUCAUCUUUUGCGCAGGAUAUGCUUUGUUUCUGUAUUUUUCUAGCUUAUGUUUAGUAGAAUUUGAAAAUGUAUUACAUUCUGAUUUCUGUGAUUUUUCUUACUAAUUCAAGGCUUGAAGCCUUCAAAAUCUUGUUAUAUGUGUAAUAUUAGCCACUGAAACAGACUUGAUAAAUCUAAAUGUAAUGUUUAAUGUAUACUUAUUGCAUUUAUUACCAUAUUGCAGUAUGUACACAGCAGAUUAUUGUUUGUAAUGUUUACUUUUAGAAUAGCAAUAUACUAAUUCGCUCGAACUUCUCACCGAUAACUGAAGCUGCAUAAGUUAUCUAGGAUUGUUCAUUGUCUGACAGAUUGCAUAACAUGUGAAAUUUGAAUCCAAUUUGACUACUAUUUGCCAUGUUAACACUUUGUAGAGUAUUAUAUGGACAGAAAUAUUCUUCUGGAUAGGAUCUAACAAUCCCCAUGUAUGAGUGUACAAUUACUUUAUGUAACUUCUCUUUCGUUAUGAAAAUAAUUUUAGCUGAUGACUUUAUGAUUCUCUACAUAUAAAUGGCAGUUGCAUGCUACUCUGUGUCAUUUAAAAAAACCGGAAUAAAAACUUAUGAGUUUGAGC